GGUUGGCGACAGCAGAGGGUGGCACAAGAUGGUACUGUUGUUCGGCAGAGCGAGGAGCGAGAGGAGGAAGGAGUAGGUGGACUGCCUAAUCUCAGAUCUUCAAUCUGAAACGGAUGACUCGAACCUUUAGCGGGACAAUCGGUGAUGGGGAAAAGAGGAGCGUAUCGGGAGAAUUGCGCAAAGCAGAGGAGCUCGGAGUGUCGACCGCCGUUCGAUCCGAUCGAAACUUUGUUUACGCUACGUAUGCUAAUCAAGAGGCAGUUUUAACUAUUUCCAUACGACCUAGAGAAGGCCUACUCGGAACGUUCCGGUAGGAACGGGUUCUGCCGAAUCUCCUACGAGAUUCCUUGUUGAUAAAAAUGACAUUUCGCUUGGUAGUUCGUUACUGCUGGCUGAUUGCGCGCUGGGACCUGGGGAGGCUGCACUGGCACACAGACUGAGAGCCAUCUGCACUUUUAUUGGUGGUUUACCCGACUGUACCGCACAUUGAUUUCGCAUUUUCGCAUUUUCGCAUUAGUGAAACGAGAUCGUGCCGAUAAGUCGCAAGCCGAGUAGUAGAGCGAUACGAUUCGACCUCCCGCGAAAUUUUCACUCUCCCCGGCAGCGUAAUCGUAGAUUCAUUUCAUAACUGUGCCGUAAUGCGGCUGUGUUCCGUCACUCACCGACAGACAGGUUAUACCGGGGAGGCCAGGAGUAGAACGUCCAAGGACUCGGAACGACGAGACCGUGGGCACCGUGUGGCAAAGCGUGGCAAAGCGUCAAAGCGUCAAAGCGUGCCGAUGCACGCCGCGCGAACAAAGAGUCUUGCGAGCCGAUCGCCGAAUAAUCUCGAGUGACAUCGCGGAGCCGAUAGUGCGAUCGUGCCCACCGUCGCAAUCAUCGAGGAACCUCAAGACCCGCAGUCAGUCCCCGCCAGCUGGGAUUCCCCGCAAGGCGUCCACCUGGUUUCGCUUUAUUUCUUUUCUUCUUCUUUAAAUACCGAGAGAGCGCAAUCGAUAAGCAUUGCCGGAGGUCGGGGAUUAUUCGUUCAAGUGUAUUACGAGAGUCGUCAACGAGUCAUGCUGUCCUGCAAUGGCGACAUUGCAUUCCAUGCAAGUCAACAGCUUCCUGUACGUAAGGACUGUUACGUAAGGACUCUCUCUGCACUUCGGGGGAAAUUCAAUGACCCGGAGGAAGAAAGAUGCGUUCUAUGGGAGCCUCUGGCAUUUUUCAAUUCCUUUUGCUCGCCGUAUAUAAAGACGCUGGGUGGGAGGAAUCAGGAACAAGGAACGCGAACCCUAGAGCCGGGUUCGAAAUUUCUUAGAGAUUAUCUCGCGUAACGUUCGACGGCUCACAGGUGCGGCCGCCGCGAACGAGGCUGACCGGUGUAUUGAAUUCCGCAAAAAUCCCGGCGGAACGCGCCUCUUUAAACGCUGCUGCUCCCGUUCUCCAAAGAGUCUGAUCCUUCUCGUAUCGAGGAGCUGGCGCGCGUUCUUCGUCCACGCACGAUCCCUUCUCUUGAUCUCUUUCCCGCUCGAAGCAUCCAAAGAAUGAGCUGUAUCCUUUUCAAAAUAUCAGAGCGAGAUGCCGCCGAACGGUCGGAUCGACUCGGGCCGGACUAGAACUCUCGCUGGCGUGUCUUUGCAUCCAACAACAAGGAACAAGGCUCGUUCUACAAAGAGAUCUUGCCUGUCCGUUCUCCCUUUCGCUGGACGCGAGGGGCAGAGAGAGAGAGAGAGAGAGAGAGAGAGAGGCAAAGCCUCCUUCGCGUAUUUGCGAUUGGUUGAAAAACGACGAGGGAGAGAAAAAAUUGACAAACUGGUCCAGACAGCAGGAGUCCUUGGGUACCGCCCAACUCGAAGGCAGGCAAGCGCGAGAUUGUUUUGCCUGCGAAAAUUGCCAAUUAUCAUUCGUAAUCGUCAUUAGCCCUGCUAUUCUCCAAAGUUUUCCGGAGAUCACUGAGUCGGUCCGCCGUCGACCGUGAAAGUGCUGAGUUUCGAACUCGCAAUGGGAUCCAGCAGCGCCUCUGAGCUUGCUCCUGGUCUGCUUGACAUUUACUGUGCCAGCAUGCGCGCACGUGAGCAUGGCGCACUGGCAGUGCCCGAGAGCCACUCGUAAAACUUCAAUGAAACCCCGGAGAGAGAAGAGAGAUUCGCGAUAAGGCCCUCGUAAAUACGGGAGGAUGUUGCAAAAUGCCUCGAUGUUGGCUACUGGCUUUCUGGCUUUCGGUAAUCAUUUAACGGGGUAAAGCGGCGCUCUAACGUUAGUGGGUCAACGACGUCGACGACAUCGCCAAGUCCACCACCCGAUCGACUAGAGUGGCUUUCGGUCUCUUAUGCGCGAGUACGUUGCAAUCAGAGUGGGGCUCGAUGCGAAGUAGCAGCACGGAUAGAAGUGGAGAGAAGUGGAGAGAAGUGGAGACUUCAGAAGUAUGGGAGGUCUGGAGUUGUAAAGGUGGAGGUUAUGCGGGCAGAGAGAUUGAGGCGGCGCCGAAAACAGCUCCUGCAGGACCGACGGAUUUGCCAUCCUGGCACAUCCCGAGACCAUCCCUUGUAGGAAGAUCCAGCGAGAGGGACAGCGAGAAUGGAAGCUGGACUCACUUGCAUCCGACCAAGUCGCCCUCUAGAGGAUCCACUUCGUCUCAGGGAUCCACAGCCAGCACGCACAGCGCAGCCUCGGGUACGCUGCUCCUGACAGCAGCGAAUCUCGCUACUUUCGCUGCGAUGCAUCCACCCACAGUGUCAACGCCUAAGCCUGUUGACACUGCUUCGGUCGCCAGCAGCACUCACUUCACUGUUGUCAACGGACUGGGUCGACCUACCAAAGUCUACAAGAAGUCCUGGUGCGCGAGGAACCAGCUCACUGUACUCAUUUGCACCAUGAGUUUUCUAUUCAUGGUUGGACUGCUCGCAGGCAUUCUCUACAUGGAGAUGAGGGCUCGCGACAAGUACAACUAGAUGAAGAAGAAGAUCGAAGCCAGCCACGAGGAGUCAGCGCAGAUGCCAGAAACACCAGCGUCAGGGAACUCAUUUCCUUAUGCGAAUUCGCUGCGAAAAUGAUAUUAUUAAUUGGAACAGACUUAAUGGGAAAAUCAUCAUAUAGGCUUGCGCGUAUAUCCCUUGUGCAAUCCGGGUAAAUCGGAUAGUCAGGCGAACCGGAUAUUCUGGCAAUUCCAACUGGUGAUGUAAGGACUCCUCGAUUUAGAAUUAAGCUGUAUUGCACCGUGUUAAUAGUGUGGUACGUGAAAUCAGUAAUUACAUUUGUGUAAUGAGCGCGCUAUGUGCUGUAACGUCACACGAGUCUCUAGAGGGCUCGAUUUUAAUUUAUAUAAAUAUUAACAACGGUCCUCCGAGUUACAGCCGCAACGUGGAACCGUAAUGAAUUAGAAGAUAGUUGUAAGGGAUUGAAAAAGUAUUGCGUUUAAGAAUCAAUAUGACGAACAGAAAUCUAUGAUUUCUUAGAAUUUUCGGCGUUACUUCUUUUUCUUUCUCUCGCAUUCUUUAUGCUCUCCCCAGGAUUCAAUCUAGACAAAAUCAGGCUGACGUUUACCGUCGCACACAUUUUCCCAAUCGUAAUCGCCCUCCCCUCUCCGUGCAUCUCCUUCUUUAAUGGCCGUCCACCGCAAACAGCUAACUUUAAGGUCUAAAUUUAUAGUGCAAUCUGAAGAAAUGUUGAACAGUGCAAAAACGAAACACAAGUAAUCGGGAGAAUCGCUUAGCAGCGUAAUUUAGAGGUAUUAAUUUAAUCAUUACUAACGAAACGUCUAAAUCAAAUACGGAACCCUCCGAGAAAUUGACGCAGGGCUACAUAGCUAUGUAGACACAUUAUAUUAUGUAUACAUAUUCAUAUGCAUAUACAUAUAUACAUAUAGAGAUAUGUAUUUUGUGUCGAAAGUGCGAUGGCGGCCGGUUGCAUCGACCGCUCGCCGUGUCUGUGAUAUUACUUCUGUAUUAAUUAAAUAAAACGUCCAUCCGACGAGACACUGUCGAGCCGCGAAUACCGUUCUACGUUAUUCGACAGCUACACGACCUAUUCAAA